GUCAAAUUCCACUGCCGACCAGCCAUGGCCACCGCAUUCCCCGCCGCAGCUUGCGGCGCUCUUAACGUUCGUCCCUGCCCUCGCUCCUCGUUUCUCCCUGGAUUCGACCCCUCCACCAGCCAGCUUUCCCCCAAUCAGAACCAUUUCGCCCUCAACUCCCCGGUCGCGCUCCCCAGCUUCCCACGAAUCUCACGCCAGGGAAUCCGCCACGUCAGCUCUCCACGCGUAUCCAUUUCGGAAUCUCAGGCCAAAUUCUCUUGCAAAGGAGACCGGAAACGCUCCUCGCGACACGCGAAUGCAGCUCGGAGAAAUACUAGCAGCACGAGUCCUCAGGCGGUUCCUGUAGUUAAUAAGAGGCGCGGGAUAGUUUGCGCGGCGACGGGAGGCGGGGGUAAGGCGGGGGACGGAGGGCCGGCGCGGAUGGUGAUGGUGCUGGGGAAGGGCGGCUCGGGGAAGACCACCGCCUCCGUUCUGUUGGCUCAGCGUUACGCAGCAGCUGGUUACCGCACGUGCCUCGUGGUGCAGUCGCAGGACCGAGUGGCGGACAGGCUGCUGGGGAUGCGACUCACCCCCUUGCCCCAACCCGUGCCCGUUGCUGCUGCUGCUGCUGGUGCUGCUGACUCGCAGCAGUCAUUGCUUUGUGCUCUUCGUGUGGAAACCACCAAGCUCCUGUUGGCACCUCUUGAGAUUAUAAAGAAGGCGGACGAGCGGCUGGGGAUCACACAGGGUGCACUGGCAGAGGUUGUAGGGGAGGAAUUAUCAGUCCUACCUGGCAUGGACGCCGUCAUGGCAGUCGCAGUCUUGGAGCGGAUUGCGCGUCCAGCUGGCGGCCUGCUGGCCUUCGCCACAUCAGCAGGGCCUAAAUCCACGUCAGCAGCCAAGAAAGGAGCAGCAGGGGGGGAGUGGGUGUACCCGUGGGGAGAGAAGGAGGCGGAGGUGGUUGUGUUUGAUGGGCCCACGACCUGGGAGGUUCUGAGGAUGCUGGCAAGCCCCGAAAAGAGCAGGUGGUACCUACGACGCUUUCGAACCCUUGCUGAGCGAACCGACAUCGGCCGCGUGGCUCUGCCCUCAGUGGCCCGCCUGCUGGACUCGAUCGUAGGCGGCUCUAAGAGCAGCAGUGGGGGUGGGGGUGGUGCGGAGGACACCCAGCGCAGCACAGCAGAGAUGUGGGAGUCCUUGGACUCCAUUCUAUCGAAAGCCGUCGCAGCAUUCGCAGACCCCUAUCGCACGUCCGUCUUCCUAUUGGCCGAUGCAGCGAGCCACUCGUCAGUCGACACGUGUCGCCGCAUCUGGGGCUGUGCGGUGCAGGCAGGAGUCUCCCCUUCAGGGGUCUUCCUCCAGACCCCUCACUCCUCUCCCGCUUCUUCCGAAAAAUCUGGAAAAUCAGAAAAUUCAGAAAGCGCCCUGAAACCACAAGUCCCUGAAAAGUUUUUUCCGCUGCACGUGGCGGAGCUGCCCGUAGUGUCGGAGGAAGCCCCCGCGGCUGUAGCAGCAGCAGCCGGGCAGAUGAGCGCCGAAGCAGUGGCGGUUAUGAAUGGGGAAGGUGCGGGGAAGGUUCCUCGGGCGGUGGAUGUCGACGUGGCGGCGUGCACGGUUCGUCUUUUUCUGCCGGGAUUCGACAAGCAGGAGGUCAAGCUGCAGCAGUGGAAGGGCGGAGCAGAGUUGCUGGUGGAGGCGGGCGACCAGAGGAGGUGCGUGGAGCUGCCCAAGGCUGUUCAGGGGAAGGUCGUCGGGGCCAAGUUCGACCCAGCAGGGUUCCUUAUAAUCACACUCAAGCCGGCAGCGAAGUAGUACAUGCUGACAGCCUGAUGAGGAAGCAUGGACCCAGCUGCCGAAUGUGCAGCAGCAGCAGCAGCAGCAGCAGCAGCCUGAUUUUGCAGGGUGCUUUUGAGAGCUCUCAAGCCCGCCUGCACUGCAUAUAUGCUGACAGCCUGAAGAGGAAGCAUGGACCUGGCUGCUACUGAAUGUGCAGCAGCGGCAGCCGGUGGAACAAUAGCAUAUUGUAGCUGCUGGUUUAGAAUUUCUCAAGAAACACUUAGUACAACAGGAAGCAUGGACCCGGCUGCCGAAUGUGCAGCAGCAGCAGCACGUGGACCAAUAGGAUGUUUGAGGGCUGUGGCUGUGGGGUUUAUUUAUAUCUUACCCACCCUUGAGGAUCAAUGACAUCUUUUUUGCCUAGUCUCCUCCUCUACACCUCCCUUCUGGUUGUGGAACCUACCGUUGUCAUGC